GGCUCGGGUCCGCGCAGCAACGUGCGCGCGCACGCGCGGGAGGGAGGGGGAAGACGGAAGCGGAAGUCGGGGGCGCGCCAGCUCGGAGCGAGGUAGCGCCCGUGGCGUCGGGUCCUGGUCCGAGGUGGCCAUGGGGCGAGGCAGCGGCACCUUCGAGCGUCUCCUAGACAAAGCAACCAGCCAGCUUCUGCUGGAGACAGACUGGGAGUCCAUCCUGCAGAUCUGCGACCUGAUCCGCCAGGGGGACACGCAAGCAAAAUAUGCUGUGAAUUCUAUCAAGAAGAAAGUCAACGACAAGAACCCACACGUGGCCUUGUAUGCUCUGGAGGUCAUGGAGUCUGUGGUGAAGAACUGUGGCCAGACAGUCCAUGACGAGGUGGCCAACAAACAGACCAUGGAGGAGCUGAAGGAGCUCCUGAAGAGACAAGUGGAAGUAAAUGUCCGGAACAAGAUCCUGUACCUGAUCCAGGCCUGGGCUCAUGCCUUCCGGAACGAGCCCAAGUACAAGGUGGUCCAGGACACCUACCAGAUCAUGAAGGUGGAGGGACACGUCUUUCCGGAGUUCAAGGAAAGUGACGCCAUGUUUGCUGCUGAGAGAGCCCCGGACUGGGUGGAUGCCGAGGAAUGCCACCGCUGCAGGGUGCAGUUUGGGGUGGUGACCCGCAAGCACCACUGCCGGGCGUGUGGGCAGAUCUUCUGCGGGAAGUGCUCCUCCAAGUACUCCACCAUCCCCAAGUUCGGCAUCGAGAAGGAGGUGCGCGUGUGCGAGCCCUGCUACGAGCAGCUGAACAAGAAAGCGGAAGGGAAGGCCACCUCCACCAGCGAGCUGCCCCCGGAGUACCUGACCAGCCCCCUGUCUCAGCAGUCCCAGCUGCCCCCCAAGAGGGACGAGACGGCUCUGCAGGAGGAGGAGGAGCUGCAGCUGGCCCUGGCCCUGUCGCAGUCAGAGGCCGAGGAGAAGGAGAGGCUGAGACAGAAGUCAACGUACCCCGUGUACCCCAAGGCAGACCCCACGCCCACAGCCUCGUCAGCGCCGCCCGCCAGCAGCCUGUACUCGUCCCCCGUGAACUCGUCAGCACCUCUGGCUGAGGACAUCGACCCCGAGCUCGCGAGGUACCUGAACCGCAACUACUGGGAGAAGAAGCAGGAGGAGGCGCGGAAGAGCCCCACGCCGUCUGCGCCUGUGCCCCUGACGGAGCCAGCUGCGCAGCCCUCGGAGGGGCACGCAGCCCCCGCCAGCAUGGUGGAGACACCCCUUCCGGAGGCCGACUCUCAGCCCGUGGCUCCCACCGGGGGUCCCUACAAUGAGCAGCAGUACCAGAAUGGAGAGUCGGAGGAGAGCCACGAGCAGUUCCUGAAGGCCUUGCAGAACGCCGUCACCACCUUCGUCAACCGCAUGAAGAGCAACCACAUGCGGGGGCGCAGCAUCACCAACGACUCGGCUGUGCUCUCGCUGUUCCAGUCCAUCAACGGCAUGCACCCGCAGCUGCUGGAGCUGCUCAACCAGCUGGACGAGCGCAGGCUGCACUACGAGGGUCUGCAGGACAAGCUGGCGCAGAUCCGAGACGCCCGGGGGGCACUGAGCGCCCUGCGCGAAGAGCACCGGGAGAAGCUCCGCCGUGCAGCCGAGGAGGCUGAGCGCCAGCGCCAGAUCCAGCUGGCCCAGAAGCUGGAGAUCAUGCGGCAGAAGAAGCAGGAGUACCUGGAGGUGCAGAGGCAGCUGGCCAUCCAGCGCCUGCAGGAGCAGGAGAAGGAGCGGCAGCUGCGGCUGGAGCAGCAGAAGCAGACCGUGCAGAUGCGCGCCCAGAUGCCCGCCUUCCCCCUGCCCUACGCCCAGCUCCAGGCCAUGCCUGCAGCCGGGGGUGUGCUCUACCAGCCCUCCGGCCCCGCCAGCUUCCCCGGCACCUUCAGCCCGGCCGGCUCAGUGGAGGGCUCCCCCAUGCACGGCGUGUACAUGAGCCAGCCUGCCCCCGCCACUGGCGCCUACCCCAGCAUGCCCGCCACCGCAGCAGAUCCCAGCAUGGUGAGUGCCUACAUGUACCCAGCAGGGGCUGCUGGGGCGCAGGCAGCCCCCCAGGCCCAGGCCGGGCCCACCGCCAGCCCCGCCUACUCAUCCUACCAGCCCACUCCCACACCGGGCUACCAGAACGUGGCCUCCCAGGCCCCGCAGAGCCUCCCAGCCAUCUCACAGCCUCCGCAGUCUGGCACCAUGGGCUACAUGGGGAGCCAGUCAGUCUCCAUGGGCUACCAGCCUUAUAACAUGCAGAAUCUCAUGACCACCCUCCCGAGCCAGGACGCACCCCUGCCGCCCCCGCAGCCCUACGUCCCAGGGCAGCAGCCCGUGUAUCAGCAGGUGAGCCGUCUGUGUGCCCCACCAUGGCACUGACUGAGCAGCCUCAGGCC